UCUCUCGCUCGCUCGCUCGCUCGUGUCAGUAGGCGCUCCGAUUCUGAAGUCUGUAACCCUCUGCAGUCUGCUCCCUCCGCAACCGUUCUCUCUCUACCCCUUGAAGUCGCAGUUCGAGAAUCUGUUGGCGCCGGUGUUCUUGAUUCAGCGGGAAAUCCUUGCGCUAGCGACGAGAUGGGGCAGAUCCAGUACUCCGAGAAGUAUUUCGAUGACACUUACGAGUACAGGCACGUCGUCCUUCCUCCUGAAGUGGCCAAGCUGCUCCCCAAGAAUCGCCUUCUCUCUGAGGUAAUUGAAGAAUUAGGGUUUCCUAUAGCUUGCCUCUUCUGAUUGGGUCCCCCUUGCUGUUUGGAUGUUACGUUGCAGUUGUUAGCUAGGUUAAGAGAGAGCAGCCUUGCUGAUUUAGGUUUGAACCACUCCUAGAUUCGAAAUCCUGGAUUCAAAUCUCAGUUCCGAAGCUAGUAUAGUAUGGCAACUGCUUUAUGUCGUAUGCGUCAAAAUGGACUGGCUAGAAGCAGUAGUAGCGACUCCAGUGAAGUAAAUCUUGAACGAGUGGCGCGCAAUUGGUGUGCAGCAGAGCCGUGGAUGGGUUCACUACGCCAUCCAUCGACCAGAGCCACACAUCAUGCUGUUCAGGAGGCCUCUCAACUAUCAGCAGCAACAGGAGGCUCAAGCCCAGCAGACCAUGGUUGCUUAAACUCAAAGUGCAACUGUGCAUUUCCAAAGUCUGAUGCUGCCAUAUAAUACUACUGAAGCAUUUACAUAGUCCCUCUCUCUCUCUAGUGGUUUAUUCUGUGUAAACCCACCCUAAUGAACUGAGGAUUUCUGGGCUCUUCGUUUUGUCGAACGUCUAGUAGAUGUUCAUGUUCUGUGCCCGUGUGGUUCUACGAUUGUCAUGAAUUUGUGGUCGAAUGCUGAUAUGGGUUUGAGUGCGUAUUUUCAUCCGAGUGUUUACAUUUGUAGUUCUCGAUCUUACGUCUUGUUUGCUUUUCACAGUGUUGGCAUUUGGCAAUUCCAAAUUAUCUGUUGUUUGCAAGA